GCAGAAAGCCGCCUGUCUGUGUUAAUCAUUCCGGUAAGGGGGCGUCAAAUUUGCUGGAUGGAUUUAAACACAGUUCUGCCUAAAAGUGCUCACGACAUCACUGUUCAUCAUCUGCAGACGCUCAUUUGGUCCAGAACCGCGAGGAGGAGAAAUUAUAUUAAUCCGAAAACCAGCUGAGUUUCCAGAAAGAAGCUAUCCAAAAUGGAAAUCUGCAAAGGUAUACCAGCGGUUCUGUGUGUAGCCGACGGAAAGUGUGUGUGCGUCCAGGUCAAGCGCAAGCCCAGUCCAUCUCAUCAUCAGCUGGUUACGGUGAACACGCAGGCUGACGAUGAAUGCGUCGUCCAGGUGUAUGACAUUGUGUAUGACAAUAGGGCAUGCAUGGCAUUUUGUUUUGAGGUUGGAGAUAAGGCCAUUUUCCCAUUUACUGAUGGUAAAGACAUCAAGUUUACGGUAUUGUCCUCACAACAGAAGGUCACGAAAGAUAUGUUAAAUGAGACGUUCUUAUUUCAAUGGGGUGAGAAGGGAAGCAGAGACUGGGGGAGCUUGAAAUCAGUGGCUGAACCCAGCAUGUACCUGUUUUUUGAAGACAAUGACAAUAAAGUGACCAUUAAACCAGUUGAAUUGCCGCUUUUUAAAAUCAAGAAAAAAGUUUCAGCUUCAACACCAAACUCACAGAGGUUUUGCAUCCCGGAAAAAAACGUCAGGAAAACAACGUACGAAAGGUUUUCCUUGUUCAGCCGGGGCUCGAAGCAUGGACCUUCUAUCUGUGAGGCAACAGUGAUUUCCACUAAAUCAACGUGGCGCCACAAAAGGAAACCCAAGAAGAUGAGAUGCUCAUUAAAAGCUUAAUGCUUUUGAGUGUUCACUUACAAAACGACCUUGAUCAAUUCGCAUCUACACAGUUCUUUUCUUUGAGGGAAAACCUGGAUGUUGAGAAAAUCGGAGUGAAAAUUAUUAUGAAUUAGUUGUUUUUCGAGGCAGGGGUAUUUUGUCCAUUUUUUGGUGCAUGUUUGCCUUUUUGUUGUGUCAUAUAAAUGUUACUAACAUGCAGUUUUAGGUGUAAAAUCAAUUGCAUUCUUACUAUAAAAAAACAACAGGCACUAUAUAGUUUGGCACAAAAGUGUAUUUUGUCAUUUUUAAAGAUGAUUACAUCUGUUUUAAAAAGCCAUUAACGCACAAUACAGGUACUUAAACCUUUAACGUCAUUUGCUGCAUUAAAUCAAAUGCAUUCCUUACUGAAAUACUCACUAAUGGAAUUGAGACGUUUGACUUCAAAACACACUACUCGUCGUAUUAUUGCUUAAUUCGACAUGAGGUUUAAAGGGUUAGUAGUUCAUCCAAAAAUGACAAUUCUGUCAUUAAUGACUCACCCCUUUGUC